AUGACCCGUGGCUGCCGAUCUUCCAGCCCCACCCUCGCCCCCGUCCUGCUGGCCGUGCUGCUGGGCGGUGCGGCCCGGGCGGCGGAGAUCGUGGGCGGGCGGGAAGCGGAGCCCCACUCGCGGCCCUACAUGGCGUCCCUGCAGCUGCGGUGGCUCCCCGGCCGCCACUUCUGCGGGGGGACCCUGAUCCACCCGAGCUUCGUGCUGACGGCCGCCCACUGCCUGGAGAACAUCAACUUCCGGUCGGUGCAGGUGGUGCUGGGGGCCCACAACCUGCGGCGGCGCGAGCGCACCCGCCAGACAUUCGGCGUCCGGAGGAUCUUCGAGAACGGCUUCGACCCCACGACGCUGCAGAACGACAUCGUGGUUCUCCAGCUGUCUGAGGAGGCCGCGCUGGGCCCCGCGGUGCAGCCCCUGCGCUGGCAGCACGAGGACCGCGACGUGGCGGCCGGCACGCUCUGCGACGUGGCCGGCUGGGGCGUGGUGAGCCACACCGGCCGGCGGCCCGACCGCCUGCAGCACUUGCUCCUGCCGGUGAUCGACCGCGCCACCUGCAACCUGCGCACCUACCACGACGGCACCAUCACCGAGCGCAUGAUGUGCGCGGAAAGCAACCGCAGAGACACCUGCAAGGGCGACUCCGGGGGCCCGCUGGUGUGCGGGGGCGUGGUCGAGGGCAUCGUCACCUCGGGCUCGCGCAUCUGCGGCAACCCCAAAAAGCCCGGCAUCUACACGCGCGUGGCGAGCUACGCGGCCUGGAUCGAAGGCGUGAUGGCCGGGGACGCGGCAGCCUGAAGGGGACCCGAGGGGCGGCGGCCACGGGCCGAGCAAUAAAAUCUUGUAGUCCUGCA